AUGCGCGAGCUCGUCCACAUCCAGGGAGGGCAAUGCGGCAAUCAGAUCGGUGCCAAAUUCUGGGAAGUUAUCGCCGACGAGCACGGAAUUGACCCUACAGGCACCUACCAUGGCGACUCCGAUCUUCAGCUCGAGAGGAUAAAUGUCUACUUCAACGAGGCGACUGGUGGCCGCUACGUUCCCCGCGCAGUCUUGAUGGACCUGGAGCCCGGCACCAUGGACAGCGUGCGUGCUGGACCUUUUGGGCAACUUUUUCGUCCGGACAAUUUCGUCUUCGGUCAGACAGGGGCUGGCAAUAACUGGGCUAAAGGACAUUACACAGAAGGCGCGGAGUUAAUCGACAGCGUGUUGGAUGUGGUGAGAAAGGAAGCAGAGGGCUGUGACUGCUUGCAAGGCUUUCAACUUUGCCACUCGCUCGGCGGAGGCGUCUGUUUGGGGCACUUGGAGUUCGGAUUGCAUGAAGCAGUUCUUCAAGCAUGCAGCACGAGGGCAGAAGAAACAAAGCCUGGCAGUAAAAGUGCUCGGCAGAAUGAGGCCGCCGCCUUCGAGUAA